AUGUCCGCCGCCAAGACGGCGCUGCUGCUCGCGCCCGCCAUCACCAGCACCUGCACGCUCCUCUACGGCUUCGACCAGGAGCUCUUCCUGCGCCUGCUCACCCUCCGCGCCACCGCGCGCGACGCCGACUCGCUACUACCCGCCUACUGGCGUCGCCUGAUGCGCGUCGGCCUUCCGCGCGUCCUCGGCUUCCUCGCCGGCACCGCGUCCACGAGCGUCGCCGCGCUGGUCCUCGCCCGGCCGCUGCUCGCCCAGCGGGCCAGCGCGUGGUGGUACGGCGCGGCGGCGGGCUGCGCGGCGGCGCACCUGGCGUGGGUGCCGUGGGUGACGGGGCCGAUCCGCGCGAUGGUCGAGGACGACGGCGUGGCGGUCGCGGACGACGAGGGGCCGAGCAACGUGGAUCACCAGCGGCGGUGGUUGCGGGUGAACUGGGCGAGGACGCUGACGACGGAUCUCCUGGGGUGGGCGUGCGCGGUGGUGGCGGUGACGAGGACGCUGGCGGUUGAGUGA